CCGGGGGAAAGGAACGACACAGAGAGGGCAGGCAUGCGCAGGGGUGCCAACCUGCCGCCCAAGCCCCGCGGGGGGUGGGGAUUCAGGCGGGCUCUCCGCGCUCCUCCCCCCACUCCCCCCGCGCGCCCCGGGGAGCCGAGUCCACCUCCCUGAUUGGCUGGCGGGGCGCCAGGAGGCGGCAUCCUGACCUGAAUUGGCGGGCUGCUUAAGCGCCUCGCGAGUGGCGGCGACGCCUGCAGGAGCCGCAGCCCCAGCGCGCCCCAUGGGGGGAGGCAGCCGAGGAGGGGGCUGGCGCCGUAGCUGCAGCGCCCGGCGCCCCCCCAGCCAGGGCUCCGGAGAGGUCCUGGUGGUGGUGGAGGGAGAGGAAUGGGGGGGGGGGCUUCAAGCAAGCCCCACAUUGCCACUACUUCGCUAAUGAAGAGCCUCCGAGGAGAAGCCCGCCCGAAGACGGAGGCAGUCGCUUUCCUUCCAGUUCCACCCCGCCCAGAAAUUCUAGUCUGAGGAAAGGAGGGCUCCAUGCCCAGCAGCGGGCGGCUUCCCCCUCAGAAUUACAAGAAGAAUAGUUCAUAAAUCAUAACUGCUGCAUAACCCCAAGCUUUCUUCUAGUCCUCUGAGGGAAGAAGGGUUCUAGGCCCAGCCUUGGCUUCUUUACCUCACCCACCAAAGUUCCCUGAGGAGAGGCAGCUGUCUCCAAGACAGGGCUCCAUGCCCAGCCGUGGCUUUCACCUCACCAAAAGGAUGAUGCUGAUAAUAAUAAUAAGUCUCUGUUACCUCAGGAAAAGGAGGAAACCCCUUCAGCCAUGCUACUCAGCCAGGAUGUGGCCUUUUAAAAGAAUACCUUGUGAGAGAAUGGUGGGAAUAUGGUCUUCAAGACCCCUGCCAAAAACCAGUUUCUGAGGGGAAAGGAAGUUUCUGAGUAGGGAGUUCAUCUCUCUGCUUGGCUUCAUCUUGUGCAAAGAAUAUCUAAGGGGAAAGGAGGUUUCUGAGUGGGGAGUUCACCUCUGCUUGGGCUUCCUUCAUCUUGCCAAAGGAACUCCAACAAACCCCUUCGGAGGAUGCUGCAGCUGUGCUGACGUGAACAAAUUUCAUUUGUAGCAUUUGUCUGCCGCGGGCAACACGCCACAGAUUCUCCCCGACCUCAGAACACUGGGGCGCCACAGUCUUCUGCAUCACGGUGAAAACCUGUCCACUCUUAGAGCGUUCUUGCUCUGUGCAUACAAAUGCUGGAACUAUGGACGGCGUAGGGCAGGACUUCUGAGUGCAACGGCACAGGGGCUGUAGCAGGAAAUUCCCUGAGGCCAGGGGCUGCUGUGCAACUACAGACUGGCCCUUUUAGUCUGAGAAAACUGGGUGCGACUUGAGGCUGUCCAAAGAAACCAGAGGCUCCUUUAUUCUCCCAACAGUAGUGUAAGGCAGCAUAAUUCCUAAGCUGAGCAGCUGGCUUGAAUGGAACACCCUCCCUGCACAUGAGAAGCUUCAGGCUUCCAGAUACUCGCAACACCUUGCUGAGGCAGCAUCACCUCUAAUCUGUGGAACAUGCUCCAUGCAUGUGGGAAGCUUCAGGCUUCUUUAUUCUCCCAACAGGCAGCAUAAUUCCUAAGCUGAGCGGCUGGCUUGAAUGGAACACCCUCCCUGUGCAUGAGAAGCUUCAGGCGUCCAGAUACUCACAACACCUUGCUGAGGCAGCAUCACCUCUAAUUUCCUGGCAGGCUUGUGUGGAACACGCUCCAUGCAUGUGAGAAGCUUCAGGCUUCUUUAUUCUCCCAACAGUAGUGUAAGGCAGCAUAAUUCCUAAGCUGAGCAGCUGGCUUGAAUGGAACACCCUCCCUGCGCAUGAGAAGCUUCAGGCUUCCAGAUACUCGCAACACCUUGCUGAGGCAGCAUCACCUCUAAUCUGUGGAACACCCUCCCUGCACAUGAGAAGCUUCAGGCUUCCAGAUACUCGCAACACCUUGCUGAGGCAGCAUCACCUCUAAUCUGUGGAACAUGCUCCAUGCAUGUGGGAAGCUUCAGGCUUCUUUAUUCUCCCAACAGGCAGCAUAAUUCCUAAGCUGAGCGGCUGGCUUGAAUGGAACACCCUCCCUGCACAUGAGAAGCUUCAGGCUUCUAGAUACCCGCAACACCUUUCUGAGGCAGCAUAAUCUCUAGUUUUCUGGCAGGCUUGUACAGAACAUGCUUCAUGCGUGUGGGAAGCUUCAGGCUUCUUUAUUCUUUCAACAGAAGAAAGAGUUCUCUUUAUAUUCUCUCAAGUUUGUUUUCGUGGGUUAUCUCUUAUAUUUGUGAACCGCCUAGAGCUAUCUGGAUGCGGUGGUAUAGAAACUUAAUGAAAGAAUGAAUAAAUAAAAGCUGUGGGAGGCAGCAUAAGCUCUAAGAUGGUGGCUGGCUUGCAUGCAGGUUAGAAGCACCACGCUUCUUCAUAAUUCUGCCCCCUUUACCGGGAAGCAUACUCUCCAAUUUAGUGGCUGCCUUUAAUUGAACAUGCUUUAUGCGUGUUCUAUUUUAUUCCCUCAACAUUGCUUCGAGGAAAAUUUAGCAAGAAGAAACAGAGUGGCCCCAUGUGUCCCAAUGAAUUUGGUACCUGAGUGCUGCUUUUGGGCCAUUUUCUUCUUCCAAGAGGCCUGCCUGGCAGAAUUCACAAAAGGAGGCAACAACACACAAGGAAGUAAGAAAAGAGUAUCAAGGAAGAACUAAAAGAGGAUCCAGCCACACACAAAUCAAGAAGGAAUUAAAAGAGCCAAUGACAAGGCACAAGAAAGCCAAAUCAAGGGCUAUGUACCUCACCGCCCAGAAUGCUCUGUCAAUCCAGGGGCCAUCAGUAGGAAUCUUUGUCUUCUUUGUUUUCCCAACAGCUGUGGAAGGCAGCAUGAUCUCGAAUUCUGUGGCUGGCUGGAAUGGAACACGCUUCAGGCAUGUUAGAAGCUUUAGGCUUCUUCAUUCUCCCAACAGCCUUGUCACGCUGGACUGCCUUGAACAGGACAGCAACCCUUUGUGGCAUAUUAGACCAGAAGAAACAGAGUUGGUGCCAAUUUGCAAUGGCCUCCAUGCUGGAGUGGCGAUUUUGGAACGUUUUCUCCUCCCAAGAGGCCUGUGUGGGAGGCAGCAUCUGAAUGCGGGGAGGAGGAGGAGGAGGAGGAAGGCCACCCCAAAGGCCUGAGAACACGUGAAGCCAGUGUAGUCCCAGCACCUUACCUGGGUGGGACUUGGCCUGGAUUGCAAACGUACCACUGCAUAGCUUGCAUUCCUCUGGAACAGCCCAAGGAGGACUGUGAGGAAGACACAUUCUCCAUCUGCAUCGCCCCGGAGUUCUGCAGAGCUUCAAGGAAUCUGGCAGCUGUUCAUAACCAGAAAAAGGAAGGGUGUGGCUGUCGUCACAGACAGCUGCAAUACAUCUGAUAGGCCUUCUUUAACUCUGCAUGUUUUCUGCUUUGUUUGGAGCAAAACCAUAUCUCACAGCAGCACGGGACCUCACCAGGCUGCAGCUCCUGAAUAACAUCUCAGAAACUCAAGUGACAGUGAGACCAGCGGCUUGUGAACAAUGUACUGAAGAUAAGGACCUGUGGAAGGCCCCCGCAAUGGCUCGUCUUGGCGUGUUACGGAAGGCCUGUCCCCUCCGGUCUCUGUGGACCCUCAGCCUCGCUCCUGCCAGACCCUUCAGCACGUGUCACCUGGCAGCAGCAGCUCAGAAUUUUUCUGAUUAUAAGUCCAUACGAGAACAGUAUAAGCCGGAAGUGCCAGAGUACUUCAACUUUGCAAAAGACGUGGUGGACAUGUGGGCCAAGGCAGAGAAGGAAGGGAGACGGCCUGCAAACCCAGCUCUGUGGUGGGUCGGUGACCAAGCCGAUGAAGUGAAAUGGAGCUUUGAGGAGCUGGCACGUGAGUCCAAGAAAGCCGCUGUUGUGCUUUCUGAACAAUGUGGCUUGCAGCAGGGCGAUCGUGUUAUAGUGAUCCUCUCGCGGAUUCCAGAAUGGUGGCUCUUGAACGUGGCUUGUAUACGAACAGGAACGGUCCUCAUUCCCGGGACCACACAGCUGACAGCAAAAGACAUCCUCCACAGAGUGCAGACAUCAAGGGCCAAAUGUAUCAUUACUGACCAGGUUUUGGCCCCAGCUGUAGAUACAAUCGCUUCAAAAUGCCAGUCUUUGGAAUCCAAAUUACUUGUGUCGAAAGAGGACAAGGAAGGCUGGGUAAACUUCAGCAGCUUGUUGAACUUGGCUCAUGCGGAUCACAGCUGUGUGGCCACCAGGAGCCACGAUCCAAUGUCUGUCUAUUUCACCAGUGGAACUACAGGUGCUCCAAAAAUGACUGAGCAUUCCCAUUGCAGCCAUGGAAUCGGACUGGGCAUCAACGGAAGGUAUUGGCUUGAUUUGACCCCCUCGGAUGUAAUUUGGAACACUUCAGACACAGGCUGGGCGAAAUCGGCGUGGAGUAGCGUAUUUGCCCCAUGGAUCCAGGGGGCGUGUGUGUUUGUGCAUGAGCUGCCACGCUUUGAGGCCACACCUGUCCUGGAAACUUUGUCCAGGUUUCCCAUAACAACUUUCUGUUCUGCUCCAACUGCUUAUCGGAUGCUUAUCCAUCAGGAUUUCACCAGUUAUACAUUCUGCAGUCUGAAGCACUGUGUGACUGCAGGGGAACCCAUGAACCCGGAAGUGAUAGAGCAAUGGAAAACCAAAACAGGGCUGGAUAUCUACGAAGGCUACGGGCAGACCGAAACGCUGCUCUUUCCUUCCCCUUCCUCUUUGGAGCAGGUGCUGGUUUGUGGGACUUUCAAGGGGAUGAAGAUUAAGCCAGGAUCAAUGGGGAAGCCUUCUCCAGCCUAUGACACUCAGAUAAUAGAUGAGGACGCCAAUAUCUUGCCUCCCGGGAAAGAAGGAGAUAUUGCUAUCCGAGUAAAACCUACACGGCCAUUCUGUCUUUUCACUCAAUACACGGGUGACCCAGAGAAAACAGCUUCAACCUUGCGUGGCAGUUUCUAUCUCACUGGGGACAGAGGGAUCAAGGAUGAAGAUGGCUACUUCUGGUUUGUAGGAAGAGGCGAUGAUGUCAUCAAUUCCGCCGGGUACCGCAUUGGGCCCUUUGAAGUGGAAAGUGCAUUGAUAGAACAUCCCGCCGUAGUCGAAUCGGCUGUUGUCAGCAGCCCCGAUCCCCUCCGAGGCGAGGUUGUGAAAGCCUUUGUCGUUUUGGCAUCUGAUUAUGUUUCCCAUGACCCAGAAGCACUGGUUGAGGAGCUCCAGGACCAUGUCAAGAAGGUCACUGCCCCCUACAAGUAUCCGAGAAAGGUGGAGUUUGUGCCCCAUUUACCAAAGACCGUCAGUGGGAAAAUCCGACGCAAUGAAUUGCGCAAGAAGGAAUGGGAGGAAGCUUAAAACGAUCUGCCGGUUUACUUCCAAGGAGCUUGCUUUAAGAACAGCAGCUGUAGAAUGCUUUGCCGUGAUUUGGGCCUCCGUUGGAAACAUUUAGCCUUCUGGUUCUUCGACCACACUUGCACAGAGGAGGGGUCACUUUUCGCAUUUCUGUAGAUUGUUUUAAGUUGACAGAACGGUUUAAGAUGCCAGCAGGUAUACAGUAUGAAUCUGAACUUCUGAAAAGUAGCGGGUUGAGAGGCACAACUUUAUCAUUG